AUGCUUAGUGUCUUUAAGGCAAGUGUACACAGGUGCAAUGCAACUGUCACUUUUAAUGCAAAUGAUCAGAAGCCCUUUUACCCAGUGACUGUAAAUGACAAAGAUCUACACGAGCAUUUCCAGAAAGUUGAAGGGAAUAUGCUAGGUGGCCAUAACGUAUUAGAAAUGCAACCAAUGAUGGGAGCAGAAGACUUCUCGAUUUAUGCAGAGGUGAUUCCCGGAUACUUAGUCUACAUUGGGAUGAAGAAUGAGACUAAAGGAAAGUUUAAACGGGGACAUUCACCUUACUUUAUGGUUAAUGAAGAUGCACUUCCUUAUGGAGCAGCAUUACAUGCAUCAGUGGUCACCAAGUACCUCCUGGAAAACAAGCCCAAACCUAAUCUGCCAAAGGCUGUGAGCUUUCGUGAUGAGCUCUAA